AGCAAGUCACAGCUGUAGAUCUCAUGCAGCGCUUGCCUGCAUGGCGGUCGUUGCCCAGGAGGCCCACCUCGGGGGCACGAGCAGCUGCAGCGGCAGCAACUCAGGCAGAAUCUGCCACGGCGCUUUUCAGCACUUUUGAAGCGGACCCAAAGGUGGACCGUAGCACAAUGUCGGGCACUUGUUCUCCAAAGCAAGCAGCUCUGCAGGCACUUUCCUCUCGGACCCCACCCAGGUCUGUGAGUGUUGCUGAAGCGGUGUCUUGCUUCAAGGAGAAGGCCAAUGCCUCUCUGCAAUCAUACUUGGCCUUCGAUCCUCAAGCGCAGGUCCCUAACAAGGACCAGCACGUGCAGGACGUGAAAGCAAAGGUGUCGUUUUCACAUUUUUCACCAGCUCCCAGGUCCUUGGUGAGCCCAGCACCUCUGCGAGGAGUUGAGCCAGUGGCUGUUGCAUCACAAACAGAUCAGGCACUUUCAGAGGCCCACCACGAUACGGCCGAUGAGGUGACCAAGCACUUGAUGCAAGCAAGAGACAAAAUCGAGGCAGUGGAGCGGGAGUUUGCACAGAUCAUGAGCGAGCUUGCUGCGUACGGCCAAUGUGCUAACCAGGCAGAUGGAUGUUGAAACAUUGUGCUUCCAUGGAGCGGGACAAGAAAGACCAAGGAAGACCAAG